GUGUCUCCAAAUGGAAUCGGAACGAAACGCACACCGGUACAUCUUGGCGACCGUGGCUGUCGUCGGUCUCCUCUACUUGGGUUUCAACCUCUAUUAUGGCAGUUUACGCCUGGAGCCCAACACUUGGAACUCGAGGCCGGCAAAGAUGAUUGAUCACCUGUAUGAGACAGACCCUGAGCUGAAGGCUGUCCAUGAUCGUAUGGUCGCAGAGGCAGAGAGCCUGUCUCCAGAUGUCACAAUUGUCACGGCCUAUUACAACUUGGGCAAGCUCAACAAAGGAGGGAUGUUUGGGAGCUACACCCCUGAUCGUUACAAGCGAUGGAUGUCUGUGUUUGGACGAAUUGACAACCCAUUAAUAGUGUUCACAGAUUCGCCAGAUAUCAUUGAUAUUUUCACUUCUUUGCGAGCUGGUUUCCCUGAUGAAAAGACAAAGAUUGUCCCGUUGAACAGGACGAAGUUGUGGUCUUUUUCUUUAGCUCCAGAAAUAAAGAAAGUCUAUUCUCAGCCAGGUUAUCCAAAGUACGACCCGAACACCGUGAAUGAGAACUACUCUUGUGUGAUGCAUGCCAAAUUUGAGCUGGUCAAUAAAGUUAUCAAGGAGAAAAUGUUCAACACUAAAUACAUCACCUGGUUAGACAUCGGCCUGUUUCGAGCCGUUAUUUCAGAGAAGCAUAAGUUCCCAAUCUCUGUCCCCGCAGACUUUGACGAGAACAAAAUCGCCUACAGUCAACAAAAGAGUUUCCAGUCGCACCUGACACCGUUCCAGAUCAUUCUCGAGGACCGCAUAUGGGUGGGAGGAGCCAUGUUUCUGGGUCGCCCGGAAGUUCUGUUUGUCUACACGCAGGACUACAUGCGCUCGGUGGAGCAGCUCCUCAGCCUGAACAUGAUGAGCACGGAUCAGCAGGUCAUUUACAUCAUGUACCAGCCCGGCUUCGCCUACACCCCGCGUGUGGAGAUUCAGACCUACACCACGCACUCCUCUGACGACUGGUUCUACUUGGGCUAUGCCAUCAAGGAGAUGUGGGAGAUGCGUAUUCGUAGAACUGUCUCCGUCCUCAAGUUCAUGCAGACUCUGUUGUGACGUUGGGAGUAGCUGAUCUAUGAACCUUUGAGCUGGGCAGAGGGUACAGCAAGCUAACAUGAAUGUUUAUGUAUUGUAGCUUUUGGGGGGGGGGGGGAUUGU